CAAAUUCUAAUAAAAAGGCUUGAAAUUUUAACAUGUUUUCAAUUUAAUUUAUGUCCUUUUUUUCUCAUUUAUUAACCUUUUACGAGAUAUGGACAAUAAUUCAUUAUCGUAUUUUGCUUCGACGUUUGAACCUUCUGUAUUUAUAAUAGAUGGUCAUUUUUACGUUAAUAUACCGAUAGCUGGAAUUUAUAAUCAUCGUUUAGAAUCUGAGAAAUAUGAAAAAUAUAAAACUCUCAAUAAUUUUUGUUUGUUCCGAAUUUUAUGUCAAUCAAAAUUGACUAAAACAAAUAGUAAGAAUGUUUCCAUUGCUGCUUCUGACCUUUGGAAAUAUGUUUCUCAAGAUUUUAAAGAUAGUUUGCAAAGAUAUUGUGAUUAUAUAAAAUCCAGAAAAAACACGUUCCAUUUUAAAGGAUUAUACAAUCGAAAGGAUUAUAACAAACCUCGUAAUUGGAAGAAAAAACCUAACGAAACUAAUGAAAUUUUACCGGAAAUACGUUGGAUUCAACGUGAAGAAUUUAUGAAUCAAUAUUUUCAAGAUGAAAUAAAAGAAUUAAAUUUCGUUGAAACAGAACCUUGUAAUUUUAAUCCUUCUCAAUAUUAUAAUAUUAUUUACGACGCAAGAAAAGCCGAAUUUGUAGAUAAACCUAAAAACUCUUUCUUAUCAAGUAUCAACAAACAAUCGCAAGAUAUUAAAGAGUUGAACUCUAAACAAGAUGAUAAUGUUAAUAACGCAAAAGUCUUAUCUGAUAAAUUAAUGUUAAGUAUGAUGAACGUAUAAAUAUAUAAUCAUAGAUUUAUCGUAAAAUUAUUUUUUCAAUUUUUUUUCAAUGGAAUACGGAAAUAAUUAUGGUUAAAAUUAAGGUUACUUUUUAAGGUUUCUAAG